AGUUCCGUCGUGUAAUGUCUUUUAGGGUUUCGAUACGCCUUUUUUGAAGUGGAUUGUAAUGAAAUCGCGCAACAGGUACUUGUAAAUCGGCGAUUAUUGUUAGACAGUUUAUAAAAAUAAUUAACCAGUGGUAAUGACACGAUAUCCCGGUAGUUGACAUCGGGAGUAUACUAGGUUAUCCGACUAUGGCCAAAUUGGAAAUUAAAAGCAAAUUUGACGCUGAAUUUCGUCGAAUAUCCUUACCUAAAUCAGACGUUGGCACUUAUGAUCAAUUUCGAAGUCUUAUUGAGCGAUUGCAUAAAUUGAUUGAAGUACCAUUUGUUUUAUCAUAUACCGAUCCAAAAGAUGGUGACUUAUUACCCAUAAAUAAUGAUGAUAAUCUUGGACGUGCAGUACUAACAGCUAGACCAUUAUUAAGGAUAAUUAUUCAACGCAAAGGAGAAAGUCUAGAAGAGUUAAAUGGUUAUGGAACUUAUAAACCUCGAAAUAUAAUAUCUUCAAUUUUAGGAGGAACACCUAGUAAAGGAAAACAUUUAUGGAUAUCUAAUCCUCAAGAUUUCCGACAAGUAUCUGCGAUCAUUGAUGUAGAUGUAGUUCCAGAAACAUGUAGGCGAGUGAGAUUGCUUAAACAUGGUUCUGAGCGACCUUUAGGUUUUUAUAUUCGAGAUGGUACUAGUGUAAGAGUUAGUACAUCAGGUGUUGAAAAAGUACCUGGAAUAUUCAUAUCGAGGUUAGUUCCUGGAGGUUUAGCUGAAAGUACAGGUUUAUUGGCUGUUAAUGAUGAGGUUCUAGAAGUUAAUGGUAUUGAAGUAGCUGGAAAAACUUUGGAUCAAGUAACAGAUAUGAUGGUAGCUAAUAGUCAUAAUUUAAUUGUAACUGUUAAACCAGCAAAUCAGCGGGCAACUAUGUCAGCACCAAGGCGAGGAUCGUUAUCAAGAACGUCACAAUUAUCCAGUGGUUCACAUCAGUCAACACAUAGUGUUGCUACCACAGUUAACACUUCUGAAGAAGACGAUCAAGAUGAAGUAGUUGAUUUAACUGCUGGUUUAGCUUUACAGGCGGUUAAUGAUUCCACUUCUACUACUAUUACUUUGGACCAAUAAUUUAGAAGAUAUUCAAGGUGAAAUAACUUAAUCGUUUUGUGCCUUAAAUGAAAAAAGAGCUCAUUAUAAUAUAACUGUUAAAAAAACUAUUAGCAUUCCAAAAUGAAGCAUUAUUUUGAUGCUAUGAUUAGAGAUUGUCUUCCAUUUAAAUUUUUUAUUAUUGAAAUGUAAAUACAUAUGUAUAUAAUGUUGAAUGAAAAACAAUAAUAUGAUUCACACAUUUAUAAGUCAAGAUUUAAAAAACUUAAAUAUAAGUGAAAUUAUUAAAUCUUGUUUAAAACACUUCCUUUUUUUAGUAUACUAUAGAUUUAAAUUUGAUAAAAUUAAAGCAGUACUUAAUAUUAAUACUUAAUUAUAUUACACUAUGUUACAUAUAUAAAAAUGACAAUUAUUCAUUGUUUCAUAAUAACGUAUUUCAAGGAAAGUAUAGUUACUUUACUUAAAAAAAAAUUUUCUUAGAUAUUUUUAUUGCAAUACGUGCACAUUUAUUUGGUUUUUUGAUCUCAUUUCAAAUAAACUUCAGUAUUAAACAAGUAGUAUUAUUCAUAAUAAUUUAGAAUCUGUAUUUAAAUAUAUAACAUUCCAGCCAAAUAAUAAUUGAAAAUUCACAAUUACUGUUUCAGAUAGUUAUUCUUAUAUUAUUUACUUGUUUAGUUAAAAACAGAAAUGAGUAUAAUUCAAACUAUUAAUUGGCACAUAAAAAAAAAUCACAUUUUGGGGUUUUUUUUUAUUAUAAUAAUAUUAUUACAUGAUAAAUAGUUAUCCUAUACUAUUUUCUAAUGUAUUGUGACAAAUAAUUUGUAUGAAACAAUUUCAAUAAUAAAAAUUGUAACUUGAUACAUAAGUUGAUUUUUGUUAAAUUAUAAAAUUAAUUAGAAGUGUGAUUUUCUACACAUUUCCGUCCAAUUUAUCAUUGUUUUUUAAUGUCACAUAUUUAAUAUUUAUAAGUAUUAAAGGUUUAUCUAUAAAAAAUAAAUAACAUAUAAUAUAAAUUGUUUUCUUUUAUAAACCAACCAAAUUGUAUAGAUUAUUACUAUAUACAUGUUAUUAUAUAUUUUUAAUUAAUUUAGUAUUCAUAUUAGUUAAAUUUAUUAAGUAAGAAAAACUAUUAAAAGUGUCAUUUUUAUAUUCUAAUUAAUUUUUAUAUAUAUAUUUUUUUAUCAAUAAAAAUAUAUGAAUAACUUCUUACAUUAACAGGAAUAACUUUUGAUACAUAUGAACUAUUUGUGAUACUUAAAUUCUAAAUAUGUUGAAAAUUAACUUAAUAUACUUAUUGAUAAAUAGUCAUAUGUUUCCAUAAUUCUAUUUCAAUUAUAAAUACUUAUUUUUAAUUUUUCAAUAUAAUCAACUGUAUUAGUUGUAAUAUAUAUUAUAUAUACUUUAGCACUGGCUGAAUAAUUAUUGUAUAAUUAGCCUAAAUAAUUGUCUUUGUUUUAAUUUAUUAUUAACUAAAAUAUUUUCCAUUCAAUUUCAGUAUUUCAUUUUUGUUUUUAAAAGUAAAAUGCUCAAUCUUAAUAUACUGGAAAUGUAUCUUAGUUCUUUUUCAAAAAAAAAAAAGUACUGAGAUACACUUCUCAGUUCACUUUUGUAGUUAAUGUUCAAUGUGUAUUCAUUGAAACAAAUAAUGUUUAUUCAAAUGUUUAGAAGGAUUAAUAAUUUUCACUAUACUACCUUUUUAAUAAUUUUAUUAAACAAUGUUGUUAUAUUUUUACAUUAGCAGAAUUAAUAACUUAAUUAUAUUUUUUAAUUUUGCCAACAGUGUUAGGCAUGUUCUAUACGAUCUCUUCUGACCAAUUGUCAAUUUUUAAAAGCUUUAUUAAAAUUUAUUUUUAAAAAUAGUUUUAUCAUAAUAUAAAUGUACUUAAAACACAUUGAAAUAAAUAUUUCUGUUAUACCACUACAUAAGUUAUAUGCGAGAUCCAUGGAGUUUGUAUAUUAAAAUUUUUUGUAAAUAUGACAUUGUUUAUUAGUUAAUAAUUUAAAUUAACUUAUAACUCAUGUAUAAUAAACAUGUAUUCAUUAUACUUAUAUAUUUGAUAUUAUCAUUAAACAGUUUAAAGUUAGACUCAUUAAUUUAUCUACAUUACUUUUUAAUAUUUGUGUAAGUUGUAUUGCCUUUUGUUUAUUAUGAUAUUUUAUGUAUCAAGUUUAACUCAAAUGAUAUAUGUAUUAUUAUUAUUAUUUAUUUUUAAUUGGUAUAUUAUUUCCAUAUGAAUUAUUAUUUAUGUUCUAUUUGAUAUGAUUAUUGCAUUAUUGAUUUUGAUUUAUUAUAAUUUAGUCAAUACUAUUAAUGUUGGGUAUUUAUGCAGUCGAAUUUAUCAGACUUUUAUCUUUCUAUGUACUGUUAUAAUAUAAUAAUAAAAUGAAGAUGUUAUCUUCAUU